AUGGCAUCAGACGACACCGAAGAAGCACGGGGUGUUUCCACCGCCGUGGACUUGGAAAUGACCAUGACGAACGAGGACCCCAAGGUGGUGAAACAGGCGCCCGAUGCUGAUGAGGCUAUGAAAGCCUUUGAAGAAAUGCAGGGUGAAGCGAUUGAAUUGGAUGAAGCGACGAACCGCCGUCUUGUGCGGACGAUUGAUUGGCAUAUUAUGCCGAUCAUGUGUUUCGUCUAUGCGAUGAAUUUUCUUGAUAAAACAACAUUGUCCUACGCCAGUAUUAUGGGUCUGAAAGAAGAUCUCCAUCUAAUCGAUGAUCAAUACCAAUGGCUUGGUAGUGUGUUCUACUUUGGCUACAUUGCCUGGGAAUACCCAACAAACCGCCUCCUACAACGACUACCACUAGGAAAAUACUCCGCGGCGUGCAUAAUAAUAUGGGGUCUAAUCCUAAGCUGCUUCGCCGCAGCAAAGAACUACCCCGGUGCAAUCGCCAUCCGAUUCUUCCUCGGUGUUUUCGAAGCAGCCGUCACACCAGGUUUCGCACUCCUCACUUCCCAGUGGUACACCCGCACAGAACAAGGCAAAAGAGUCAACAUAUGGUACAGCUUCAACGGCUGGGGCCAAAUAAUAGGCGGACUAGUAGCCUACGGAAUAGCAGAAGGGUCGCGAAAACACGGGUCUUUAAUAGCACCCUGGAAAAUCGUCUUUCUCUUCACGGGCCUGCUCACAAUCGCGCUGGGCUUUAUCUUUCUCUGGAUCGUGCCAGAUAGCCAGCUGAACGCGCGCUGGCUAAAGAAAGAAGAUCGCAUCCUGGCCAUUGCCCGUGUGCGUGUUAACCAGCAGGGCAUUGGAAAUAAGCACUUUAAAUGGUAUCAGGCUAAAGAGGCGCUGCUUGACCCUAUGACGUGGGCUUUCUUUUUCUUUGCGCUUAUUGCUGAUAUUCCUAAUGGGGGUAUCACGAAUUUUUUUAGUCAGUUGAUCACAAGUUUUGGCUACACACCUGAACAAAGCCUGCUGUACGGCACGCCAGCCGGCGCAGUCGAAGUAGUCGCCCUGCUAGCAAACGGUUUCAUGGGCGACCGAACCGGCCAACGAAUCUUGUGUAGUCUCGGCGGACUACUAACAGCAACAAUAGGCGUCGUGCUGAUAGUGGCACUGCCAUUAGAAAACAAUAUCGGUCGCUUAAUCGGGUAUUACCUGACGCAGGCAUUCCCGACUUCGUUCGUUGCGCUGCUUUCGUUAAUUUCGUCGAAUGUUGCGGGCUAUACGAAGAAGACUACCGUUGCUGCUUUGUAUCUGAUUGGGUAUUGUGUUGGGAAUAUCAUUGGCCCAUUAACUUUCCGCCCUCAAGAUGCACCACGCUACAUCCCCGCUGAGAUAAUCAUCAUCUGCUGCUGGGGCGUGUCGUUGCUUAUCUUGCUUUAUAUUUGGUGGUGGUAUAAUAAGGAGAAUCGGCGGAAGGCCGCUAUUGUUUCUAGUCCUGAUUAUGUGAGGGUUGAGGGUCGGGAGUGGAUGGAUCUUACGGACCGUGAGAAUCAUGAUUUCGUUUAUACGCUGUAA